AUGGGGCUAUACUAUCAACAACAGCUCAAGCGUACGAAGGGAAACUCUGUCUAUAUGUGUGAGAACUGCCAUGCUCACAUCUUCCAAUCCUGUCAGAUUGUGUCAGAUUCGUUUACGGGGAUAACAGGGCAAGGGCUGUUGGUGUCGAGGGCAGUAAACUUGGACGAAGGCUCUAUCGAGAAGCGCAGGCUGAGAACUGGCACGUACCUUGUGAAGGAUGUUCGAUGCGUACAGUGCCAUGAGUAUCUGGGCUGGAAGUACAUAUCGUCUUCUGAGGAGGCGGAAAAGUACAAGGAACAGAUGUUGGUUAUGGAGGCGAGCCAGCUUCAUCUUAGCAUCUAA